GUGUCUGAAGCGCUCGCUGCGCGGGAGGCGAAUGAUGUUGCUGGCUCUCGUGAGCCUUAUCGGACCUUGGCUCGCCACCAUGUGGCACAGCCUGGUGCGUGACACACCUCCUGCUGCCCACCUGAAGCCCAACGCCAUCAGAGCCCAGCAGCAGAAAAAGGUGGUCAGACCGAAUCGGCGUUCUUCCCGAAAGAGGCUAGGAAACUGUGAGAAACGUGUUCGUAAUGGUACCUGCGGACAGCUAAAGCCACCGGGCCUUGUUAUUCAGCGCCAGGAGAUGACAGCUUUCUUUAAACUCUUUGAUGAUGAUCUAAUUCAAGACUUCCUAUGGAUGGACAGUUGCUGCAAAAUUGCAGACAAGUAUCUUUUGGCAAUGACAUUCGUUUACUUCAAGAGGGCUAACUUCACAAUACAUGAGCAUACCAGACUCAAUUUCUUUCUUGCUCUGUAUCUGGCAAAUACAGUGGAAGAAGAGAAUGAAGAAUCAAAGUAUGAGAUUUUCCCAUGGGCUCUGGGAAAUAACUGGAGAAUGCUCUUUCCUGAUUUCUUAAAGUUAAGGGAUCAUCUGUGGAGUAGAAUUGACUACAGGGCUAUUGUAAGCAGACGUUGCUGUGAAGAGGUAAUGGCUAUUGCUCCAACACAUUACAUCUGGCAGCGAGAACGCUCUGUGUACCACAGUGGAGCCAUAAGGAACUACAACAAAGAUAAAAUUCUGCUGCCACGAGGACCUAAUAAUUCUCCUAUCCCCUGUUACGUCUGUGGUAACAAAGGAAGAUUUGUACGACUGGGAUUGUCAUCUUCCUCCUCAUCUGCUAGCAGUUUAGAAGAGUUAUGUUCAUCCCAGGAUUCGAAGGACACCUUUGCAAUUGAAAAAAUGCUAGUUGACUCUCCUGCUUCUGCCCAAGGUAUGGUUAAAUACCGCAAAUAUUUUUGA